AUGGAACCAGGCAAGUACAUGCCAAAGAAAAUCGAACGGGAUAUGGUCAUUCAAGACGAAAAUAGUCGUUAUCUAUCUGCAAAAACUGUGUUUGCACCAUCGAUCAAGCUGGUAUCGAAGAAACAAGUUGCUCUAGAACCAGAGGCAGCGUCAUUGUUUUGUCGCCACCUACCGGUUGAACGAAGAGGAAAUAAAACGUCGCUCGGCAUACCGAAAGCUGGACAGAGAUAUCUGGUGUUGGAUGCGGGAGGUGGGACAAUAGAUAUCACCGUCCAUGGAGUGUUGCGUUCGAUGGAGGUAAAGGAACUGUACAAGGCGAGCGGCGGUGCGUGGGGUGGAACUAAGGUCGACGAAGCCUUCAAAGGUUUCAUCAAUGACAUUGCAGGGUUCGACGCCAUGGCCGAUUUAAAGCGAAACCACUUGUACGAUUUCAUUGAUUUGUUUCGUCGAUUCGAAAACAAGAAGCGGUCCAUUUCUCCAGACAAGGACAGCAAGACUGAUUAUACCCCUUCCUCUGUCCCUGUGUACCUUGAUAGAGAAACGACAGGGACGAGCCUUGUGUCAAUGACAAACGAAAAGGUCAAGAUCGACGCUAGCGUUGCCAGACGGUAUUUCGAAACAUGUGUUUCAAGCACUGUUGGGCACUUGAAGAACAUUCUAAGCUUGCCAGUAAACAGGGGUGUAGAAGCUAUUUUGAUGGUAGGUGGAUUUUCCGAAUCGCCUAUGCUUCAAUACGCUGUGAGCAAAGAGUUCGGAGCUCUAAAAAGAAUUGUUCCACGGGAAGCAAGCCUUGGCAGUACUGAAAGGGGCUAUCCAGGGUGUACUUGUGUUGGGAAUCUUACCAUCCCUCUUUCCCGCAGCGGAAAAGACAGAGAGGUAAUUGUAAGGUUCAUCUUUGGAGGAACAGAAAUUGACGUUGAGGCAACAGAAAAAUCAACAAGAAAGGUUCAUCACUUGAAGAUCGAUUUCCUGGUUUAA